GCCGAGGACAAUGGUGGUCGCUACGAUAAAGUAUGGAAUCCCGAUCCUCAUCCUCGAACCCUCUCUGCUUACCGCAGAACCUCUUCUUGCCUAAAACUGGCCUGUUGCGCACACCUUCUGUUCUGAGCGUCAAAGCAAAACUGUUCGACAGCAGUCACGAUGUGUGUGGUCGUCGGUGACGGUGCCGUCGGUAAGACAUGUCUACUGAUCAGCUACACGACGAACAAAUUCCCAUCGGAGUACGUGCCGACGGUCUUUGACAAUUAUGCCGUCACUGUCAUGAUCGGUGACGAGCCUUACACGCUGGGCCUUUUCGAUACCGCCGGACAAGAGGACUAUGACCGCCUUCGUCCGCUCUCGUACCCGCAAACCGACGUCUUUCUUGUGUGCUUCUCAGUCACCUCACCAGCGUCCUUCGAGAACGUCAGAGAGAAGUGGUUUCCCGAAGUGCACCAUCAUUGUCCUGGCGUUCCAUGCCUCAUCGUGGGCACACAGACAGAUUUGCGAGACGAUCCACAGGUGCGCGAUAAGCUCGCGAAGCAGAAGAUGCAGCCAGUUCGGAGGGAAGACGGUGAACGGAUGGCGAAGGACCUGGGUGCGGUUAAGUAUGUCGAGUGCUCAGCUUUGACGCAGUACAAGCUCAAGGAUGUGUUCGACGAAGCUAUCGUUGCGGCGCUGGAACCGCCAGUAGCGAAGACAGGAAAGAAGCGGAAAGGCAAGGGCUGCGUCGUGCUAUAACCGAUCUUACGUCGCAUGAAUAUCAGUUCUUCUUCGUAGAUGUACUUCCGACGGCAAGGCGUGCGGCGUUCAACGGUGCGGAUGGGGGACACGGAUGGCGCUCGUAGCCUGUGAUAGUAGCUCGGCCUGUAUGUGCAUGCUCACCCACCCUCUAUGUGCUAAUCGACCGAACGUGCAUGUUUGAAGCGUUAAGCUUGGAAAUCUGGGA